AAGGCGCGAGGGUGACCGCGGAGUUGACUUCGAGCCACAGGUUUCGACGGGACACCCCUUCACGAAAGGACCCGAACGUCUGAAGCGAGCGCGCGCGCCCGUGCACGCCUCCUCUUGACGCACUAGUGCGCGGAACAAGAGAAGCACGCAUCGCGGAACUUUUUUUUCUCCUCCUUCUGGACGCCGUUCGCUCGGGUCGAGAGUCGCUGGACCGGGCCACGGAGCAGAAAAGAGCGCAAUUCGCACUCGCCAAAACUCUCGAGGCAGUUAGCGAGGCACUCAGCUGCCGCCGUGGUUCGUCGUCGUCGGCAGGUCGACCGGACAACCGGAAAAGUUCGAGAGCCAAAGAGCGAUUCGGGCCAUAGACUCGCUGUCUUGCACUCUAGUUGCUCGCUGCCUUUUGCAAUCUCGCAACUUUUCGAAGAAAAGUGACUAGACGGGCGCUUUUCUUCGGCGUCGUUACGCGGUUGAGGCGUCACUGGCCCCGUGCGUUGGCGGUGACUUGCAACGAGAAGGAGAGGAAGAGUCUUCGGACGCAGAGGGCCACGGCUAUCACCCACCUGCGGUGCAGGAAUCGUCGACGCAAGCCACAGCGGAGACAGCCGGAGAUCACGUCAGAGCCAACCAUGCUGAGAGCGAGGAGCGUCACUCUCGGCUACUCCCAAUUCGUACUGGUGUUGGGUGUAACGCUACUGCUCGCAGCAUCCGCAGCCGGUGCGUCGUCCGAGUACAACCCAGAGGUGGCGGUGGAAGAGGUUGGUCGCCUGUUCAACCUGCUCUUCCCGCUGGUGCUGCCCGACAAGAUGCCCUACACGUGGCCCCGGGGAGCGGCGGCCGCCUCGUCGGUGGACGCGUCGGACGCGGCGCUGGCACAGGCGGCGGCCGGAGGAGGGUACGGCGGCCAGCGGCGGAACAACCCCGACGACCCCGCGUCGCGCGCCUCGUCGCUCAACCUUCCAAAGCGGGGCGAGUCCGAGUGUCUGAGCCGCUGCAUGAGCCAGCGCAAGCUGCACCCCAUCCAGUGCCUCAACAUAUGCUGAGCCCCCGGCGCCGGCGCCUCCCGCGCAGCCGCGUCCGGGGCUCGGUCUCUCUCUCUCUCCAUCUCAAACCAGGUGCCCGGAACCGCACAGAAGAUUGCAGAGUUCAAUGAUUUCGACACCGUACUGAAGGGCCGCAGAGAAGAAAGAUCCCAGCGCAUCCCAGAUCCUCCUUUCCGUGUUUCCACUCGUACCGGAUCGCUACAAAUGGACGCGUUUCUGUUGUAACGACGUACCAAAUACAGUGCAUUGGAUCGAAUGAUGCAAAAAAAAAGCAACACUAUCCUGACUUGUGUACAGUUAUCAGCGGAGUCUAGCCUAGCUUUCAGCGUCUCUCUUCCGUUCAUGUCCAGAGUGUUGGUAACCACUAGGUAUGCCGUUCGUAUCAGCUAAGCCUUUCGGGCGGCCGAGCGCUCACUGUCAUGCGUAGGCGUCAACAAUCAAACAAUCAGUGUUCCGUCGUCGUGCGUGAAUGAGAAACCUGCUAUGUGUCACGUUGUUGUUGCACAAAACUAAAAUUCGGUUCGUCGUUAUGGGGUGAUUAGACAGAUGAGUUUUCUAACCCUUGUCGCUGUUAUACUUAAGGGAUACCCUGUUAUCACUCUUUAAUAUGCUCGUUCAGUCGAUGUAUCUCCUCCCUCAUUACCGCGUUCGUCGUUAACCUAAGAGGCCUAAGAAGCUUAUUGUUUCCCGGAUAAAUAAAAAUAUCGCGAAUGUUCUAAACUCAACAGUUACCGUUUACUGCGAGUUUCAGGGUUUAAAUUGCAACUAUUACAUGUUAUAAGCGUUGGUCGGCUUUCCAACGGCAUUCUUGGCACUACGAGAGCACAUCACACCCACAGCUCUCCAAAAGCAGAAAUCUCGACGCCAAACGAAUCAGUCCACAAUAUCGGCUUUUGAUCAGACCAUCAGACGUGUGGCCCUUGAUGCAAAGCCUGCGGAGGAAACAGUGACCGGGCUAUGUACUUUGAAGAAGGAAAAUACAAUAUAUAUAUAUAUAUAUAUAUAUAUAUAUAUAUAUAUAUAUCGUUUCGAAGCAUCGUAGGCACUGUCACGCACUUGCGUGGCACUGUUCGCGAUUUUGAUGGCGGUCCUAUAAACGCUGUCGUUUUUGUUCCCGGUCAGUGUCGGAUAUUGUCGGCCAUUGUCGAACACCGGCUCCGAUACUGGUAGCGCUUAAGAGGUCCCUUGACACUUCAAGGGAUGGAAUUCUAACAUAAUCCCUAAGGCAGCCGCUCUUUUUUUAUAUUCUAUUCAUUUGCACCUAAUGGAGAAUACCUAGCUCCUUUUGUUGUUCGCGAGCCAGUGCUAAGCGUUUUGCUCACGCAGAGUACCCGAUGUAGUACAUAAACGCAAUAACGUGCGCGUGACCCUCCCUCAUCAGUGCCCCCUUUUGCUUGUACUUGUUGACCUACACGCUAAGAAUUCAGCACCCACAAAAGCAACGUGGUCCCGAUGCUAGCAUUACUCUAAGAUUCAUUGCCGAGCUGGCACAUUUAUCGAAGUCGCACUCGAGUGAACACACUAAAAUGAGCAGCUUACACCGUGUAACGCUUGAAGUUUUCAUGAAUCACCACCUUGCCUGCAAGCAUCAUGUCUCAGCUAGAGUGUCGUUUAUUUUUAUUCUAUUUUCUACUUGUUUUUCUUUUAGCUCCUUGAGGUAAAUGUAACAGGAAAAUAAAGUGGCGUUAAGGUAGAGGGGCGGUUGGGAGGGAAAGGCAAAAGCGAUCCUAAGUAAGGUUGGUUUUAUUUUGUUUUGUUUUGUUCUUUCAUAAAAGGAGCUCGGCGCUCAUGACGUAUUGCAUUCUUUGCUUUCGCUUUCAGUGCGCAGGCCGAUCGAGCAGUAUUAGCGACUACUACGUAUCCGCGAACUUCGCAAUGCAGACAGAUACUGGAGUUCCAGUACGAUACGAACGCAUCCGAUCGCACGGUGUGAUCAGCCGCGGGACGACGUUGACCCACCACCCGGGGUGUUGAUGAGCUUAGCGCGUAGCCAAAUACCCGCGCGCGGCAUAGCGCACAAACGCCGCGUGCACUGCACCGAAUAGUGCUGUCGUCAUCGUUCCUCGUGUUUCAUCUGUCGUCAAACCACGGCAGGGCCGCGUAGAUGUCGUCGCGCACUUUGUGUCUCUCAGAAUGAAACGCGUUGCUUCGGUCUCCCUAGAGAGUUGGGAUUUUCGGAUCUGGAGUGACCGUAUGCGAAAAGGCCCAGGCGCCUGCGUACUUGGAAGAACCGGCGACGUAUCAGCGACGGGUCGAUCUAUAGGAGACCUUCGCAAAGCGGACCUCGUCGGCCGCCUUCUAAGACCUUCAGUCACUAUUAGGCUUCUUUCUUCUUGCUAGUAUGCGACAUGUCUUUCGUUUCAAUAAAGACGUUAUACCCAGCAAA